GACAUAUUAACAACUUCUAAAACUUGCCCUCUUCCUCCUCUUUUAUAGUGACCACAUACCACAUUUCUUACUACAAGUCUAAUCUCUCUCUCUCUCUCUCUCUCCCCCUCAGAGUGACAUACUAGCUAGCUAGAGAGAUUAAUAUGUCUUCGUUUCUCUACUACUCUAUCUUCAUCCUCUGCUCAACCUUUCUCUAUUCCAUUGAUGGAGUUCUAAUCAGGCAAUUCGUCAGAUCCGGCGGGAAAACAGAAAACUUAAGCCACCUCCACUUUUUCUUCCAUGACAUCCUUGGUGGCAAAAACCCAACCUCUGUUAGAAUUAUUGGGCCACCAAAUGGUACCGCUGCAGGCUUUGGCAGCACUAUGAUGAUCGAUAAUGCACUGACUGAAGAGCAAGACCGUGCCUCCAAGCUCGUCGGAAGAGCACAAGGGUUUUACUCAGUGGCUUCACAACAAGCAGAUGAAUUUGCACUCCUUAUGGUCAUGAAUUUUGUUUUUGUGGAAGGCAAGUACAAGGGGAGUAGCAUUAGCAUUCUCGGUAGGAAUCCGGUCUUGAACGAUGUGAGAGAGAUGCCAGUUGUUGGAGGCACUGGGCAGUUUAGGUCUGCUCGAGGUUAUGCCUUAGCCCAUACGGUUUGGUUUGAUGCUAAUACGGGAGAUGCCAUUGUUGAAUACAAUGUUUAUGUGUCAGAAUCCUGAACUUUGUCUUAGGCUAGCUAUUUGUUGAGAAAAACCCGUUUUUCUUUUUACUUUUUUAUACUUUUUUUUUUAUUAAUCUUUUAUAGAGACAUCUAUUGUACUUAAUCAGGGAAUGGCUACGUUAAUCUUAUAACUAAGAAUAACUUAUGAUGGA